UGGGUCGACCGAAUCCCCGCACCGUGUCGGGCACAAAACGCGAGAGCGACGAGCAGUAAUCGUCUGUCGCUCCGUACAGCCCACAGCGUCGCGCAUGCGCAUGCUGCUCCCCGUCCGGUCGUUGCCAUAUUUGGCUCAUGCGCACGCAGACGCCCUUGUUGUUAUUGUUGCCCAUCGCCGUCGGGCUGUGCCAUGGGCCCGAAGCGUGGCGAUUCCCUUGUAUGGGUUGGACCUUCCAACUGCCGACGACUCUGCCAUCCUCAGGACGUGGCUGGGGUUAUACUGAAUCUGGCAGCUGGUUUGAGGCGGAACAUGCAAGAAGACGCCAAGGGUGUCGGCCGACGGGGGGUUGAUGGGCCUUGGCUCGUAAAUCUGGCGCUCCAGAGUCGCCCGGUCAAACAGCCGCCCAGGUAG